AUGGACAAAAAUCGCUGGACAAGGCUUUUUGAAUGGCAGCGCAUGAACAAAAGUGAAGAAGAAAGUAAGGGACAAGAGUCAACUUUGAAGAAAAAGAAAGACGAGACUCCAAAAACAAACUGGAAGGAAUGGGUAAUCGAUCCAUCAGAAGAGUUUUAUUAUACAUGGUUGCAAAUUAUGACACUUCCCAUCUGCUACAACUGGGUCAUCAUAAUAUGCAGGACAUGUUUCUAUACAAUUGAGGAGGCAUAUGUCGCAACUUGGCUCACCUUGGAUUACCUCUGUGACUUGGUUUAUGUGCUUGACACAGUUAUUGGGUUUCGCACAGGUUUUCUGGAGCAAGGCAUCCUUGUGCGAGACUUGUCCCGUUUAAAAACGCGUUAUUUACGCUCCUCUCGCUUCAAGUGGGACAUGGCCUCUCUGCUGCCCACGGAUCUUCUCUACCUACACCUGGGGAUCCACAAACCUCUAGUCCGGGUGAACCGCUUCUUGCGCACAGGCCGUCUGAACGAGGCCCUGGACCGCAUGGAGACGCGCACAUCCUUCCCGAACACCUUUCGCGUCGCCAAACUCAUGCUGUAUAUUUUCGUCCUGAUCCACUGGAACGCCUGCAUCUACUUCUCCCUGUCAAAUUAUAUAGGCUUUGGCGUGGACCCCUGGGUCUACCCCAACAUCUCCGAGCCGGAGUUUGGCUCUAUGAGACGCCAGUACUUUUACUGCUUCUGGUUUUCCACCCUCAUCCUCACCACAGUGGGCGACACACCGACACCCGAGCGGGAAGAAGAGUAUAUGUUUCUGAUCGCAGACAUGUUGAUCGCCGUGUUGGUGUUUGCUUCGGUCGUGGGCAGCAUGGGGGACGUGAUAUCCAGCUUGCGUGACCGUGACAAUGUGUUUUUUCCUGACCACGAGCUGGUGAAGGGUUACCUGCGCAGCCACCGCAUCAGCAAGGAGCUGCAGACGCGCGUCAAUGACUGGUAUCAGCAUCUGCACAUCAACAAAAAGAUCACACGGGAGAAUGAGAUUCUUCAACAUCUUCCAAUGACACUUCAGACAGCCACUGCCGUGAGCGUGCAUCUGCCCACUCUGUCCAAAGUCACCAUCUUCCAGAACUGUGAGAACAGUCUGUUGGAGCAGCUGGUACUUAAACUCACCCCACAGGUGUACAGCCCGGGCGAGUACGUGUGCAAGAAGGGCGAUGUAGGUCAUGAGAUGUACAUCAUUAAAGAGGGGAAGCUGGCAGUGGUUGCUGAUGAUGGAGUCACUCAGUUUGCAGUCCUCGGGGAUGGAAACUUCUUUGGAGAAAUCAGCAUCCUAAAUAUCAAAGGUAACAAAUCAGGGAACAGACGAACGGCGAACAUUCGGAGCAUUGGAUACUCAGAUCUGUUCAGCCUAUCAAAAGAGGACUUGACGGAAACCCUUCUGGAAUACCCUGCUGCCAAGCGUCUGCUGGAGGAGAAGGGUCGGCAGAUCCUCACCAAAAUGGGGAUGCUAGAAGAGGCAGUAGAGGGGGAGGGAGAGGUGGAGAAAACAGAGGACAAGGUGAACCGCCUAGAGGGCAUCCUGGAGACGCUGCAAACCAAAUUGGCCCGGCUGAUCGCUGAACUGGAGUCCAGUGCCCGCAAAAUGAUGCAGCGAGUGGAACAACUGGAACUGCAGACCGAAGGGUGGGAAGGCAUUGUGGCUGAAGGUGCACAGGUGGAAAUAGAAGAGAAGGCAAAAAUAAAAGAGAGGGAGAUUGGGGAUGGGGAAGGUGAAGGUGAAAGGGAGAAAGAGGAUGAAGAGGAGCCUUUGGUGGAAGGAGAGAGAGGAGAGGGUGAUGGAGGAGAGGAAAGCCUGGGAGAAAAGGACAAGAAUGUAGGAGGAAACGAGAUAAAUGAAGAAGAGAAAGAAGAGAAAGAGAUUAUAAAGACAGAAACACAGCAGGAUGAGGAAGGAGAUGAAAAGUAG